AUGGCGUUUUGGUGGCACCUCACCCAUGUUUUGGUGCCUCUAGUGGCUGCCACUGGUGAGACGUGGCACAUGGUUGACCUCGCGGCAGUGGUCUGUCCCAAGCCCACCAACCUCAAAGCGGGCGCAGAGACCUUGCCAGAGUACAACGUCGGCAUUGACAUGAGCGGGCUGAGCAAGGACAAGCCUCACAUUGUGAGUUUCGUCCGCGCCAGCGAUCAAGCGACGACGAUCACGUUCAAGAUCGAAGAUGCCAACGGAUUGAAUGUAGUGCCAGAAACUACAGUUACCCUUCAAGCGGUAAGCAGCAGUGUGCCCUCGGCUUGCCAGUGCACCAAUCCAUCCAUCCCCACAGCCGUAACCAGCACCUAUGGAGCUGGCUAUGGAUCAUCCUGCGCUGCAUGGGAUGAGCCCAAGUGUGGAGACCUUUGGGGCAACUUGACCGUGGGCGCUUGGUGCUGCCGACCUUGGUGCUAUGCAUCGAAAGAAUGUCCAGAUGCAUAUUCAAGUCAAGCGAUUCCGGGGCAGUUUUUUAGUUAUGCUGCGUGCAACGCAGUCGCCAGCUCAACACCAGCACCAUUAGAAUCGACGUGUAAGUGGGUAGGAGUGAAGAAGGCGAAUGAUCCAUGCGCGUGCAGGAAUGUGGGUUCUCUCUUCAACGCUGCCAUGAGAAACAAAUUCAGCAGCAACUAUGGCGAGAUGUGUGGAGCUUGGGAUAUGCCUAAUUGUGCCACCAAUUAUCGACCAGACCAGGUGGACACCUGGUGCUGCUCCAAUUGGUGCUAUGUUGACAAAGAGUGCCCAACUGCCAAAGACUCUUUGAAUGAUGGCAUGAAUGGCACCUUGUACUGGUCAGGCAAUGUGUGCCCAGAUGAUUCAGCUCUCAUGUUGCAGUGCCCCUAUUUCCCGCAGAAGAAUGUGUCGAAUACCACCGAAUCGAAUUGUACAUGCUUGGGUCAAACGGUACCAGAAGAGUACCUGAACUUGACAGCAAUGGGUCUCAACACGACAACCUACGCACAAUAUGGUGCGUUCUGCGGACCCCAUGAUUACCAGGAGUGUCACAUUCUAUAUCCGGGGGCUGAUAUGGCAAUGUGGUGCUGCUUAUCCUGGUGCUACGUACCUGAGAGUUGUGUCACAGGCCGCGGUUCCACUAUUUGGCCGGGGCACUACUUCUCCUACGACCAGUGUGAAAUGAAUCCGGAUGUGGUGUCGAAGUGUAAAUAUGACAAUGCAUGUGACUGCCGCGGAGUUUUGCCCAGCGGCAGCUUCAACAAUAUCGACAGCGGUGCAACGAUCCCCGCCAACUACGGCAGCCAAUGUGAUGCCUGGGACAACAAGAAUUGCAAAGAAAUGUGGAUUCAAAAUCCCAAUGCUGGUUGGAACACCACCGAUGACAAGGAAUGGUGCUGUGACUCGUGGUGCUAUGUCAACAACAGCUGCCCCAUUGCAAAGCAGUCGUGGUUUGGGAUUGAUUUCAAGUACAGCUACCAGACGUGUGACGAUAAUCCCGACUGGACAUAUCAGGCGUCCGGUGAUACCUGUGGGGCACAUCGUCGCCGCAGCAGCAACUUCCGUCGCCUGUCGGGGCGAAGGCGCAGUGGAUCGUGGAGCUCGUCCUCGUCCUCGUCCUAUUCGUCGCGGCGAAGGAGCUCCUACAGCAGCUACAGCAGUUACAGCAGCAGCAGCACCAGCAGGAGGCGCUCCCCGGUGGCCACCUCCACCCCCGCUCGCCGCCGCUCCUACUCGGCGCCCACCACCUCCACGCGCCGCCGCGCCACCGUGCCGUCGCCCCGGCGCCGCACCGCCCGGCGCCGCUCGCCGCCGGCGCCGCUGCCGGCGCCGGUGUCCACGCGGCGACGCACGUCCAGCAUCGACGGGAACACGUACACCACCUCCAGGCGCCGGGAGCCAACGGGCAGCACCUCCAGCACCGUGGGCCGCCGCCGCACCGCUCCGGCGACCGCCUACGGCUACUCCGACCGACCGUCGGUGAUGAGCAAUUUCGGCGACAAGAUGCCAUCAAAGACAAACUACGGAUAUUCGGGUUCCAAUGCUUUCUCUUCUGGCAGCAAGACGAAUGUCGCUAUGUAUGCAGCGGGUGGUGUUGCGGCUGGCGCAGUGAUGGGUGCUGGUGCCUACUAUGCAUACAACGAAAUGUACAACAACGAUAUUGGCUUCCACCGCCGCCGUCGAGUUGCCUCGCACUACAGAGACACACGAUGGUGCACGGUGACGGCAACGGGAAGUAGUCGCUAUGGAGCCUUUAUGGAAUGUCAACAAUGCUACGACUUGUACGGAUACUCCUAUUGCCCAUCCUCCAGUUCUUGCCAGACGGCUUCGGGCUGCGGUUACACCGCUCCAACCAAUUUCAACCGAGACGACUUGGCAGCCACCGGCUUUGUCCCAGCAAGCUAUACCUCUCCUUUGAAGGUCACCUUCACCACCAUCAGUGGAGCAGGCAUCGACACCGAUCCGGUGAGCGGCAUUUGCCCUCCCACCACAGCCGCGCAGGCGUCGCUGGUGGAUACGUUCAACAAGACGUGGGCCGUGACGCCCGACCUCUUCCUCGUGCUCACGGAGCAGGCCGUGCUCAGAUCUGGGUCCAAUUGUGACCGGGAUACAACAACGACCUGCUCUAGCAGCUCCAGCUGCUGGAUUGAGCAUAGUACAUGCGAGAGUGGAUCAUGCAAGUGUGAUUCCGGCUAUUGCUUCAACGGACAAACAUGUGCUGCCACUGCCAUUGGUGCCUCGUCACCUGUGGCAGUGUGGUGCCCGCUUGUGAUGGCCGUCAUCACGUUCUUUGCACUACGAGGCUGA